AUGGUCAAGACUACUUACGCCCUUACGCUCUUUGCUGCUGUCAGCAUUGCUGCGCCUGUUGCUCAGCCUGAUGGUAGCGGUAACCUCCUUGGUGCUGGUGCUGAUGGUGCACUCAACAAGCUUGUUUCUAAGCUCACUGGUCGUUCUGAGAAGGAAGGCUCGUCGGACAAGCACAAGAACCUCAUUGAGGAUAUUCCCAUUCUGGGACCUAUGCUUGGAGCGAAGCAUGAUACUAAGCGUGGUCACUCAGAGUAUGAGUCUACUCACCACAACUUGAUCGAUGAAAUCCCAAUCAUCGGCCAGUUGUUCGGUAAUGACAAGUCUAACGUGGACAAGGGCAAGGAGCGUCGUGACCUGAGCGAUGGUCUCAAUGGUAUCCCCCUCCUUGGUGGCUUGUUCGGCAAGCACGAGCACACUGGCGGAUACAACGGCCUGAACGCUCACCAGAAUAAGGGCCGAAACGCUGGUCAGAAUGAUGAUCAGAACGCUGGACAGAACGCUGGUCAGAAUGAGGGCCAGAACUCUGGACAGAAUGCUGGACAGAACGAGGGACAGAACGAGGGACAGAACUCUGGACAGAACGAGGGACAGAACGAGGGACAGAAUGAGGGCCAGAACGAGGGCCAGAAUGAGGGCCAGAACGAGGGCCAGAACUCUGGACAGAACUACGCCCAGAACGCUGGACAGAACGGCGGCCAGAACUCCAAGCGAGACUUCGGUGGCCUCAGCAACCUCCCGAUCGUUGGAGAUCUCCUCAGCAGCGAAAAGCCCGGUCAUAAGGAGACCGACGAGCCCGCUAAGCAUCUCGACACCCGUCAGGUCGGAGGAAACGCCAAGGGCAUCUUCGGCAUUCUGCAGUCCCUGACUAGCGGCAAUCCCAUUCACAAGAGCCACGCAAAGCGCGAGGAGGAUGAAUUCUCCCAGCUUGACCCCUUCAGCGACGUCGUUGACGGCGCCGUUGCCUCGGGUAUGGAAGCUGAGGGCGCUGCUAUGCCUGUCCGCCGUGACGAGUCCGCCACUCCAACCCAGCAGACUGAAACCUCAACAUCCACGCCCACCGAAACAGCCAAGAGCAAGAGUUUCCUCAGCGAGCUGAUGGGCAAGCACGGUCUCGGCUCGAUCAUGGGCCACGCCCACCACGGCGUCGGCCUGUUCCCCAUGCGCCGUGACACCGACGAGAUUGAUGCCCGUGGCGCCGCACCCCCUAUCCAAGGCUCUACCCUGACCGAUGUGCUCAUGCAAGGCGGUGCCCUCGGAAAACUCACCAAGAUGCUGUCCCCUGCUACUCCCCCAAAGGGUCCCCAUGGCGAUCCUAACACUGUUGGUGAUGGAACUAGCAACGGUCCUCCUGACCCUGCUUCUGGUGCUGGUCCUCACAGAGGUCCUGGUGUUGCUGGUGAGCGUGGUGAUCAUGCCGCUGCGGCUUCUGUUGCUGGUGGUGCUGCUCAUCCUCAGUAA